AUGACAUCAAAGCCGUUCGACAUCAUCAUCGUGGGCGCUGGCAUCGCCGGCCUCGCCGCCGCUGUGGCUCUCAAGGCGCCCGGAAGACGCAUCACGCUGCUCGAGCAGUCCAGACUCAAUCGCGAAGUCGGCGCCAACAUCUCGCUGCAGCCCAAUGCGGUCAAGAUCGCCAAGCGUUUCCUCGGGCUCGACUCGUAUCUUUUCGGCGACGCCUCGAUCGGACGGGGUGUACCGGACAAGGCCUUUCUCAUCUACGGCACCGACGACAAGCUGCAUAUGCGCAUCGGACUCGAGACGGAUCAGUACGGAGAAGAUCGAAUCUGCUUCCAUCGAGUGGACCUGCACACAGGACUUCGUCAGGCAGCGUUGGACAGCGGCGCCGAGAUCAAGACGGCAUCCAAGGUCGCCAAGGUGGACGUAGAUGCCGGCAAGGUGUAUCUCGAGUCUGGAGAGGAGCUGACAGCAGACUUGAUCGUAGGAGCUGAUGGCAUCCGCUCGGCUGUGCGAACCGCCGUGGUCGGCCACGAUCAGGGUGCUCUGCCCACCGGGCUGUCUGCUUUCAGGACACUGAUCCCCAUCCAAGAUUUGCAGGGCAUCCAAGGUUUGCCUCAAGGCGUCGAGCUCGGCGCCAGCCAGACUCUGAUGAUCGUAGGUCGCAAUUGCCGGCUGGUAAUGGGACCGUCUCGAGGUGGCACGGUCCUUGGCGUUGUUGGCCUGGUCCCGGACACUGAGGAGAUCAAAGGAGCCACCACAUGGAACAUGGAGGCUUCCACGGAGGAUUUCCUUAAGAGCUACGAGGGCUUCCCGGAAUGGACUCGCGAGAUCAUUCGACGAUCCGUAGAGCCCAGCAUCUGGCAGAUGCGCGACAUUGCGCCCUUGCCAGCAUGGAGCAAGGGCAAGGCCGUGUUGAUCGGCGAUGCUGCUCAUGCCAUGCUCCCCACCCAGGGGCAAGGCGCUUCGCAAUCGUUCGAGGAUGUUGAAGCGCUUCAGUACUUCUUGCGCGACAUUGACGCAUCGAGCAGCGAGCACGAGGUGCAGCAAGCAUUGGCGGCUGUAUACUCGGCUCGUCAUGAACGAGCGUCAUUGAUCCAGGCCUACAGUCGAGAGCAGGCCAAACCCGGCACCAGCGCCAGCGGCAAAGUGACGUUGAACCCGCGCGAGUUUAUGGAUUACAACUGCAAGUACGAAGGAGUUGCUUCUUGGCUGGCACAGCAAGAUUCCAAGGCACGCAAGCAGCCGAGCGUGUCUUCGGCGUCAGUUGCGUCGGCGCCUGUAUCUGUCCUCACUUCGUAA